UCUUUAUGUGCAUGGAGAGAAAGGGUGGGUACGAGCGGGUGGGUAUGUGUUGCCGAGGGUGGUGUGAGGUAAUCGUCUUGCUCCGAAGCGUCGUGCGCGAACGGAUUUCGUCACGACGCGCUAAAGUGGCUCUCGGACAGGUGCCAGGCAACCACCCGUCAGGUGGAGGCCAGUAAGCCAAGAAACAAGGGCUCGUCACCCCUGCUGGGUCGUUGUAGUUGGAGGUGCCGGGGUUGGAAUGGUAGUGGUAGGAUUAGGACCUGACCUCCUGUGACAGAGAUAUGUAAAAGAUAUUGGUAAGACUGUGAGGUGGUGCCUCAAGCGCCAUCUAGCACAUCAUGUCCACCAGUUGCCAGUCCCUCUCAGAGACACUUCACAGUCUGAUAUACCAUGGACCUCCAGCUCAGAUAGUCCCUACAGCAUCAAGACAGAUGAACCUGUUUGAUGAGCAAGGUGUGUCAUAUCUGCUGCUGGUCCUUGGGGUCUUCAAUUUGAUGAUGUAUGUGAUGUCCUUCACCUUCAUCUUGAUCUCUCUUUUCUAUGGGAAGUUGUACCUACACAAAAAGGUUGAUCCUGAUGUUCUGGGAGAUGAUGUGCCAGGGGUAUCCAUCGUCAAGCCGUUAAUGGGCAUAGAUCCUUUACUUGAGACCAAUUUAGAGAGUCAUUUUACCCUUAAAUAUCCUAAGUUUGAAUUGCUGUUGUGUUUCCAUGAUGACCAGGACCCAGCUAUCAACAUCGUGAAUAGGCUUCAGCAAAAAUACCCCAAAGUUGAGGCCAGACUCUUUUUCCAUGGGAGAGAAGAUAUCAUAAACCCUAUGGUGCAGAAUAUGGUGCAAGGUUACGAGGCAGCACAGUAUGAGUAUGUGUGGAUCAGCUCCAGCCGCAUCCUGGCAUCCACAGAGAUCUUACAGGAUAUGGUUGUUAAACUGCAACAGCCAAAUGUGGCCCUUGUGCAUCAGAUGCCUUUUUAUAUCCACACAAGUAACUUUGCCAGCAUUGUCGAGAAGGUGUACUUUGGCUGUGCUUUGGCAAGGUAUUAUCUGGCCUUCAACGUGCUGGGGAUGUGUUGUGUCACAGGCAUGUCCUAUGUUUUUAAGAAAUCCAUCUUGGAGCAGCAGAAGGGUUUAGGCUGGUAUGGGCAAUAUCUAGCUGAAGACUUUUUCCUCACAAAAGCUAUGCAUGAAAGAGGCCACAAAUUUGUAGUAUCUGCUUUUCCUGCACAACAGAAUGUUAGUUCCACAUCAGUUGAGAGCUUUGUUGGCCGGAUGGUCAGGUGGUUACGUCUUCGUCUGAACAUGCUAACUGUGGUGGCCAGCAUCCUAGAGCCGCUGUCAGAUUGCUUCCCAUUGGGCAUCACAUCUGGGUGUCUCUUGUACCACUUCUUCAGCAUUGACCCAGUUAUCUUUUUCUGUUGCCACGUUUGUGUGUGGAUUGUCAUUGAUUACAUUCAGCUUUGCAAUGUCCAGAAUGGACCUUUACCAUUUGGGAAGCUGAAGUUUCUAGCUGCAUGGUUCACACGGGAACUGCUGUCAACAUUUGUCUUCUUAAAAGCUGUUGUUAACCCACAUCGCAUCAAAUGGGGCAAGCACACAUACUAUGUACACAUGGGUGGACACACCGAGGUGGAGAGACAUUCACAUGCUUCCCAGGACUUGUGAUACUUAGCUGUUGCUAGUGAACUUUAAUUACAGAAGCCGGAAAUAAAUGUGUCCUGUUCUCAGUUGUGGCAAUGUCUGUCUCUGCCUAAACAGGAUCUCAUUCUGGACUGUUCAUGCAGGAUUUGGAAUCAAAGAUGGUUGUGAUGGUUGAUCGGAAGCCAGCCCGUCUAAAAUCCCUGGCUGAAAAACAUUGUUCUCAGAUGCACUCAAGCAGACAACCUCCAGAACAGAUCAUGUGUUUUCAGAAUUGUGUGCAACAAACAAUCAGUCUGUAAGAGUUGCGUUUCAUGAAACUGAGAAGUGGGGCAGCAGAUGAUCUGAAUGGAGCCAAAACAGUGAUGCAUUUUAUACCAGCAAUAAAUAUUACAGAUGAUUAUGAUGCCCUAAAUAUUGUGAUGCAUAAUACUGUGAAAAGAGUUUCUGCUACAUCAUCUUGUGAUAGACCAGUGAAGAGAGGGACCAGCCUUUAAAAUGUUUUUGCAGUUGUAUGUGAUCUUCUGAGGACAAAGAACUGCUGAGACAUAGUAUGGCAAACCAAAGAUCAGGUGACUUUUUUUAAAGUUUCUUUGUGAUGUAAGGGGUAAUGAUGGUGAGUGAAACCUGCUGAUGGUGUCAAGCAAUUCUUCCACUCUCAUCCCACCACCCCACCUCCUGUCUAUACUCUCCACCCACCAAGGCCACCUAAUGACUUUUGACUGCCUAUUUCCAACUGUACCUCAGCUGAGAGCUUUUUGCUUGUUUAUGUUUUUGUUGUUUUUGUCCUGAUGAUCAACUAAAAAGAAGGGCAAAAUUAGAACCAUUGUUGUUAAGAUGGAUGGUUUGUUUGUUGUUUUGGAUGCAGCUACCUAAACCACUUUAUGCAUGUGUUUGAUCCUCCAUGCGUGUUUGACAGUUCAUGAACAAGCACUUUGAACAUAUCAGUAAAGUUCUCCUUAUGCAUUUAUCAUAAGCAUAUCGUACAGGUAUAUCUGUUCACGGGACAUUUUGUUGAGUUCUUACAAAUAGCUUGUACAAGGGAGCAUCAGCUAAAAGCUUAAAUCGAAGCAGACUGUAAUCAGCUGUAGCUUAUGUUAAGCCUGUAUACUGUAACAAGCAGUAACUGAAGGUGACAGCAUGCAUCUUGUAAGGUGCACCACAUAGUAUCAUCAACUUGACUAUCAACUUGACUAUAGCCACCCUACAGCAAGUUUUUAAUAAAAGAUGAGCUUUUACAUUCAGAAGACAAACACAUUGAAAAUCUGCAGCAAAUGAGAAUUCAUUUUGCGGUAAUGGGUGUCUUCACUGCAGCAAAUUUAUGAGGGGAGCAGAAGUUUUAAAAAUGGCAUGGCUUCUGUCGGGCACUAGCAGCACAUGAUAAGAACAAUUUUGAUGUAGAGAGAUCUGAGCACACAUUAGAUGGCCAGAAUGUUUUCAUUGAACAAAACAGAUAUUAUGAAGAAAAUGACUGAUUG